AUGCGGACGGUACUGGUCACAGGUGGCACCGGAUACCUGGGCCAAUUCCUUGUACGAGCACUCGACGCAGCAGCCUACAGGGUACGAGGCCCGCCAUGCAUUGGUGCAGGAAGAUCCGAGAAUGUACAUAGGCGACCCCAACACCCUGCACUCUUGCAGGUGGUGGCUACCCACCACACUACCCGCCCAGCAGCUGAGAAGACCAGGGUCGAGUGGCACUGGGUGGACCUGACCAGCGGCGAUGGGCUGGCCGAUUGCUUCUCGGCCCUGGGUCCAGAGCUCGUAGCGGUCGUGAACUGCGCCGCAGCGUCCGCCCCGGCAUUCUGCGAGCAGAAUGCUGAUCAUGCUGCCGCACUCAACGUCCCGCACCAGCUCCUGAAAUCCCUGGCGGGGCUCGCUGCGACCCCCCUGCUCAUCCACAUCUCCACCGACCAGGUGUAUGCCGGCACAGGGACGCCCGCUGCAGGGUGGAGCGAGGACUGCAAACCCCAGCCCGUCAAUGUGUACGGGGCCACCAAGCUGGAGGCAGAGCGCGCCGUGCAGGCGAGCUGGCCCAAGCAUGUGAUCCUCAGGCCCAGCAUCAUCGUCGGGCCCCCCCCUCCCUUCCCCCUCCACCGCCCGCUCUUCCUCCAGUUUGUGCUGAGCGCACUCUCACAACAGAAACCCACCACGUUCUUCACUGACGAGUGGCGUUGCCCCGUCAGCGUGCAUGACAUCGUGGCGGCCUGCCUGCGCCUCAUUGCAGAGGCAGACAAGCCGCGGGCGCACAGGCUGUACAACAUGGGCGGUCCCCACCGCCUGAGCCGUGCAGAGAUGGCCGAGGCUGCAGCGGCGGUCGGGGGUUGGUCCACGGCUGCCGUCCUGCGGCAGCCAGCCGCGUCCGUGACCCGCGCCGCACCCUCUCCGCAGGACAUCGCCAUGGACUCCAGCCUGUGCGCGGCAGACCUGGGUGUACACGCGACACCCCUGGAAAGCGUCCUGCGUGCCGUGUGCGCGGCAGCGCAGCCUGACCCAUGA